CUGAAUAUGUCUUAAACAGAAUUUUAAAAAAUGAUUUUCCUGCUUUUGAUUGUUUCAACACCGCAUUUUUGCAUCUCAAUAACGAUGACUGGCACACAUACUAUACACUUUCGGGGAAAUUCCACGUAUUCUGGAACUUUUACGUAUCGGGGAAAUGUAUCUUCUUCUGACAGGUCUCUGUUGAUAUCAGAGUUAGCACCAGGAAAAGGAGACACAUCCCUUCGCGUAUGUGCUGCUGAAUGUCACAGUAAUUUGGACUGCAAUGCUGUAGAAAUUUGUUCAUCUGCGACAGCAAAUGUCUGUCGAUUCAGCCGUAAAAUAACCACGUCCCUGACUACUGGAAAGGAUACUUGCUCUCGUUAUGAAUUGGAACACACGUGUGGAUGGGAUUCCUACUUUGAUCGGCGGAAGAAUAUUUGCCAAUGCGUUUUAGAUUGUGAAUGUGACGCUGUUACGCCUUCGAUCGGCAGCAUGGAGAUUCAUAAUGUGAAACUAGAUGGGCAGAUGUUCUUAGCCAACUGCAUGAAUUCUACUGGACACAUUUGGACGAUGAUACAGCGGAGAGUUGACGGAUCUGUGAACUUCUACAGAGGUUGGGCAGAAUAUAAAAGUGGAUUUGGUGACCUCAACUCCGAGUUUUGGAUAGGGCUAGAUAACAUCCGGUUAUUGGUUAACAAUGGUUAUACAGUUCUCCGUGUUGAGUUGGAGGAAUUAAAGGAGUCUGUGUAUGCAGAGUAUGACAAUUUCUAUAUAGCAGGAGAAGACGACAAAUAUCGGAUCCACGUCUCUGGUUACAAAGGAAAUGCUGGUGAUGGAAUUUCAUGUUCACUGCAAUACUGCAACAAUAAUGCGCAGUUCACCACGUACGAUGAGGAUAACGACAGCAGUGCAUCAUCAAAUAAUGCUCAACUAUGGAGAGGAGCGUGGUGGUAUCACUCGGGCCAUACCUCCAACCUGAAUGGAGAGUAUGGUAACAACAACCACGGACAAGGCAUGAACUGGUAUUUCUUCAAAGGAUGGAAAAACUCAUUGUCAGCUACCCGCAUGAUGCUUCGCCGUGCCUAAAUCGUAUCCGUGGACCAUCAGGGUUACUCGAUUGAAAUAAUGCUUUGUCAUGACGCUGUACCGAGGACACUAUAUUGGAUAAGCAUGUGUUGAGCGACUUAUUUGGAAUUUUGUAGAUUUACAUUUUGUUUCCACUGUAGAAUUGAUCUAUAAUUUAAAGGAGCACGGGAAAUGUGAAUCAUUU